AUGCGGAUCCUGCUGACGCCCAGGGCCAGAGUGGCCUCCUCGGUCAUCCGGCUUCUUGAUCCCACCGGGACCCCCCGCCUGCUGAGGAAUGACUCCACCUGUGGGACAUCGGUGACCUCUCAGCCAGACGGCUCCGUGGCGGUAGAGACGGCCUUUGACGGAUGCUACACGCAAGCGCAGGACGGGAGCUAUCGGACCACCGUGCAGAUCGAAGGCGCCAGGCCGGAUGGACGGAAGACCACCUACAAGGAGGAGCUGAGGUGCCCAGAGCCACGUUUAGUCCUGGACCCCCCCAGCCCCAGCCGGUGCUCAGCGGUGCAGCUGGCGGACCGCCUUCCCUGCAGCUCCCAUCGGCUCAGCCACGGCCGCUGCUCCCGCUUGGGCUGCUGCUUCGACCCCCAGGACAGGGUGACCCCCUGCUACUACGGCAAGGCAGUGACGGCUCGCUGCACCCCGGAGGGCUCCCUCUCCCUGGCCGUCUCCAGAGACGCCGUUGUGCCCCCCCUGCGCUUGGACUCACUGCACCUGCUGGGCCGUCGGGGGGGGCCCUGUGGCCCCCUGCUCAGGAACGAAGCGUUUGUCGUGUUCAACUUUCCACUUUCCGCGUGUGGGACGACCUUCAAGGACGGGAGCUAUCGGACCACCGUGCAGAUCGAAGGCGCCAGGCCGGAUGGACGGAAGACCACCUACAAGGAGGAGCUGAGGUGCCCAGAGCCACGUUUAGUCCUGGACCCCCCCAGCCCCAGCCGGUGCUCAGCGGUGCAGCUGGCGGACCGCCUUCCCUGCAGCUCCCAUCGGCUCAGCCACGGCCGCUGCUCCCGCUUGGGCUGCUGCUUCGACCCCCAGGACAGGGUGACCCCCUGCUACUACGGCAAGGCAGUGACGGCUCGCUGCACCCCGGAGGGCUCCCUCUCCCUGGCCGUCUCCAGAGACGCCGUUGUGCCCCCCCUGCGCUUGGACUCACUGCAUCUGCUGGGCCGUCGGGGGGGGCACUGUGGCCCCCUGCUCAGGAACGAAGCGUUUGUCGUGUUCAACUUUCCACUUUCCGCGUGUGGGACGACCUUCAAGGACGUGGGAGGCCACCGGAUUUACCAGAAUGAGCUCUCGGCAGAGAGACGGACCCUCCGCACCUCUUCAGGCGCCGUCACCCGGGACAGCGGCUUCUUCAGGCUGACCAUCCGCUGCAGCUACUCUGGCCACGAGCCCCUCCCUGUGAGUGUCCUGGUGGCGACCCCUCCUCCUCCGGCUGCCGUUGCCCAGCGGGGGACCCUCACCCUGGAUAUGCGGGUCGCUCGAGACGAGACCUACUCCUCCUUCUACGGGGCUCUGGACUUCCCCGUGGCGAAGCUCCUGCGUGACCCCAUUCACCUUGAGGUCCGGCUCCUCGGAAGGAGGGACCCGGCGCUGGUUCUGCUCCUCCACGAAUGUUGGGCCACUCCGGGCACCAGCCCCCUCCGGGCACCUCAGUGGCCCCUUCUGCAGAAUGGGUGCCCCUCCCAAGGAGACAACUACCAGACCCAGCUGGUGCCCCUCCAGUGGGAUGCGGGGCUGCCCUUCCCCUCCCACCACCAGCGCUUCGUGGUCAGGACCUUCGCCUUUGUGGGCGCGGACUCUCGGCGGAUGCUCAGCGGCCCGAUUUACUUCCACUGCAGCGCUUCCGCCUGCGCGCCCACUGCCCAGGACCCCUGCAGCACCCUCUGUGAGACUGGCCUGCAGGGCAGACGCCGGAGAGAUGCCCGGGAAGGAGCUCCGUCGGAGGCGGGGCAGGCGCUGAUGCUCGCUUCCGCUGGGCCGGUGGACUUCUUCGGCCUCCCCGUGCUGGCCUCCCGCCCGGAAGGGUCCGGAGCGCUUGCCCCGGAGGGCUCCCUGCGAUGGGAGGACGGGCUGUGUCUGGCGUCAGGGCUGGUUGCGGCACUGGGCCUGGGAUCGCUGGUGCUGCUGCUGCUGCUCCGAAGGCAUAGGGGACAGAUGCCGCGCGGCCGGGAGCCCCCCUACACCUGA